CCUCGCGGGGAUGUGCGGGGUGCCCACUACAGAGCGAACGUUCACGAAUUGACGUAGCCAGCAGAUUCAGAGGCCGAGAAGCGCCUUUCCGUUCCGACAUAAUAGUUGUCCGAGUUGGCAGAAUCGUCUGCACCCGAUCUGCGUUACAAUCUCCCAGAAUCCGCGAUUGAAACCCGUCGAAAGCCCAAAAAAUCGCGUCCCCAAGGCCCUCACCAGUGCAUUUAACCCCUGAACAAAACCAACGGCUGGUGCGUCAACAAUAAAAUCCGCUAGACACCAGAGUUAUAUACACGAUGGAUGAAGAAUACGACGCGAUAGUACUUGGCACCGGUCUCAAAGAGUGCAUUUUAUCGGGUAUGUUAUCCGUUAGUGGUAAAAAAGUGUUACACGUUGAUCGCAACAAGUAUUAUGGGGGUGAAUCGGCAUCAAUAACACCACUCGAGGAUUUUUUUGCCAACUUCAAAGCACCGCCACCCGAUAAAAUGUACGGACGUGGCCGUGACUGGAAUGUCGAUCUCAUCCCCAAGUUUCUCAUGGCAAAUGGCCUCCUUGUGAAACUUCUAAUUCAUACUGGAGUCACCCGUUACCUGGAAUUCAAGUCAAUCGAGGGUUCCUAUGUUUACAAAUCGGGGAAAAUUUCUAAAGUACCGAUUGACCAUCAGGAGGCACUCUCCAGUGACCUCAUGGGACUGUUUGAGAAACGACGAUUCCGUAAUUUCCUCACUUGGGUGCAAAAUAUGCAGGAGGACGAUCCCAAGACCUGGGAUGGAUUCGAUCCUUUUAACAAUCCUAUGAGCGCACUCUACAGCAAAUUCAGCCUUGAAGCUAAUACUCAGGAUUUUACUGGGCAUGCACUUGCACUUCACAGAAAUGAUGAAUACAUCUCUCAACCUGCAAUUAACACCGUCAAACGUAUCAAGCUGUACAGCGACAGUUUAGCACGUUACGGUAAAUCACCAUAUCUCUACCCCAUGUAUGGUCUUGGUGAGCUGCCUCAGGGAUUCGCCAGGUUGAGUGCAAUCUAUGGGGGUACCUACAUGCUUGAUAAACCUAUUGAUGAAAUUGUCAUGAAGGAUAAAAAGGUAGUUGGGGUUCGUUCAGGCGAGGAGAUAGCCUCCUGCAAGCAGGUGUUCUGCGACCCCACCUACUUCCCCGACAAAGUAAAAAAAGUCGGCCAAGUAGUUCGUGCAAUUUGUCUGCUGAAUCAUCCACUUCCCCACACAAACGACUCCCUCUCGACUCAAAUAAUCAUUCCCCAGAAACAAGUGAAUCGUAAGUCCGACAUAUACGUCUCACUGGUGUCCUACACCCACCAGGUAGCAGCAAAAGGCUGGUUCAUAGCCAUGGUAUCGACAACAGUUGAGACACGUAAUCCUGAAUUGGAGAUAAAGCCUGGUCUCGAUCUUCUGGGCCCAAUUGCCCGGAGAUUCGUAUCAGUCUCCGAUUACUACGAGCCAACGGAUGAUGGCAUAAACAGCCAAUUGUUCAUAUCGACGAGUUACGAUGCAACAACUCACUUCGAGACAACUUGUCUCGAUGUUCUCGAUAUAUUCAAACGCGCCACUGGCGAGGACUUUGAUUUCAAUAAGGUCAAGCAGGAGCUUGGCGAUGAAGAUCAAUAAUUUUAUUUUCAUUUUUUUAAAUAUCAAUAUCUGUCGAAUUUUCUAAUGGUCGUGCUGCCUCAGUAAGGAAUUCAUGAAAUUAUUCAGAUAAAAACAUGGAAGAACACGAAUGAAAGAUAAAAUGAUAAUUGAAAAAAUGACAAAUGUAUAUUUUAUUUACCUGUCUUUACAACAAUUGAUAGUCAAUCUGCAGAGAAUUCACAGAGGCACGUAAUACGGUUAAUCGACGAUUUUUAUGUGCGAUAUUUCGAGGAUAAUCUUGAGAAAAGAAAAUUUUUUCCAAGAAAAGUAAAUUAAUUUGAUUAAUCGUGAAAGUGUGAGGGAUGGAGAAUGACUGGCUGAUUUUAAGGGGCCUCAGGGGUGAGGAAAAACUACUCAAGUGCGGGGAAAACUUUGCGUCGUGAAUUCUCAGACAAAAGGGGAUGAAAAAUUCUGAACGAUUGCUUGAAAAAUUUGUUCUUUUUUAGGAGCUGGAGGUGAUCCGAAGAGGAUAAAUCAAUUCAAGAAAUGUUCAAAAAUACCAAGUGGUGGGCUCCUGUGGGUGCCGCUAUUUUGGAAAUGGGAGUUAAAAUGGCGGCGCCAGCACCUCGUGUUUUUAAACUUUUUUUGUAAUUUUUUAUCUUCUUCACAUCACCCUCAACUAUGUUAUAAAAUUAACUCGAUUUUUAUCAAAUAAAUGAAUUCUUUUAGCAAUCUUUAGGAUUUUUCCUCACUGUUGUAAAUUAUUUCAUGGACUAGGGAUUUUCAGGAGAAUGACUUGCAGUUGAUUUAGGAGAAUAAAUGAAAUUAAAUAUUGAAUUUCAGUGAAAAUUCAAUUAAAUUUCAAAUUUUGAGCAGUAGAGAGACGAUAAUUCCUCAAAUUCUUUGCAUUUUCAACGACAAAAUGAAUAUUCAGUACUAAUAAAAAACAUGAAUUUUCCAGAUUUCUAUUAAUUUUUAUGGAAUAAUUUAAUUAAGAUUAACAAUUUUCCUGGGUUUUUUCUCUGAAUUCUCCUCAGUGUGAAACUUCAAUGUGAUGAAAAUUUCCGAGAAAUGUAGCGGAAAUUUCCGCCAAAAUCAUGGCGCAACGCUCUCCCCGCAUUUCAAUAUUUUUUUUCCCUCCCGUGGGCUCUUAAAUUUGGAAAUAUAAAUAAUAGAAAUUUGAAGGUUUAAUGAGAUGUGUCUGGCCCACAGGGGCAGAUGACUCUCGUACGCUUGGCCCGUUCCUUUCCUAAAUGAUAGAAGUGAACAUUACGUUACUAUUAUGUGAUAGAGAAUAAUUGCAAUCGAAAAUGUGAGAGAAAUGUUGAAUUGGAUUCACAUUGAAAUGUGGCAUGAGUGCAAACAACACGCGAAGAUAUAGCAGACACUCCAAGUGUUGGAUUAUCAAUUUUUAAGUGAUUGAUACUGAUUAACGAACUAUUCAUUAUAUCGCGCGGGCAGUGAAGCAUUUAAUUCAGGUUUUUGUAGGAGUAAUUUUUUUUGUGGAGAAUUGCAAGAUAUAUAAUAAAUAAAUUCAGAGGAA